UCAGAAAGCUUUAUUAAAUAAUGGAAGGGAGGCUGAAGAAUUUUUCGUAGCUUAAGGACACUAAAGUAUAUAUAUAUCUAGUGCCGCCAUGUCUGAAUCUCAAAAUGAAUAUGAGGAGAGGAUUUAUUUUACCAUUUCAAACAUACAUGGUGGGACGGCCAAAUUAGACUCCUUCAAAUUCAUCAACCUUUCCUUCAUCCAUAUUCUGUCUAUAAAAGGAAGCCUUUUGGAUUCUCAUUUCACAAACUCUUUAAUUCUCUUUCUGCAAGCCCACCUAUAUAUUAUAUAUCCUUCUCCCUUAUUGCUUCAUUGGCCAUGGCAUCCAAAGCUAUCAUUUUGGAACUUCUCAUUGCAACCUGUGUCGUCGCUGUUUUCGCAUCUGAUCCCAGUCCUCUUCAAGACUUUUGCGUUGCAGACCCAAAUAGUAUGGUGAAAGUGAAUGGAGGUGUGUGUAAAGAUCCCAAAGCUGUGACAGCUGAUGAUUUCUUCUUUAGUGGACUCCACAAAGCUGGGAACACAUCAAACCCAGUGGGAUCUCGAGUGAGCGCUGUGAAUGUGGUUCAAAUCCCUGGGCUCAACACUCUUGGCAUCUCUUUGGCACGUGUCGACUAUGCGCCGAGGGGCAUCAACCCGCCACACACUCACCCGCGUGCCACCGAGAUCUUGACUGUCCUGGAAGGAACUCUCCUCGUCGGCUUUGUCACCUCCAACACCGAGAAUCGUCUCUUCACCAAGGUGCUUCAGAAGGGUGAUGUGUUUGUUUUUCCCAUUGGUCUCAUUCACUUCCAGCAGAACAUCGGAUACGGACACGCUGUUGCUAUCGCUGCGCUCAGUAGCCAAAACCCCGGGGUUAUUACCAUUGCUAAUGCUGUGUUUGGAUCCAAUCCUGACAUCCCAACUGAUGUUCUUGCAAAGGCUUUCCAAACUCAUAAACCCAUUAUCGCUGGAAUUCAAGCCAAGUUCUAAACAACUUUUAUGUUUUCAGUUCUCCUGAUUGUGAACAAAUCUUUGAUUCUUUAUUUUCUUGGAUGCGUGUUUCUGUUUGUAUU